AUGGUUUCAUUCAGUUGUGAGGUUUGUAACGAUACCGUGUUAAAGAAGAAAUUGGAUCAACACAAGCAAAGAUGUGGUGGUGCAUACUACACUUGUAUUGACUGUUCGGUUACUUUCAACGGUACCGAAUACCGUCAGCAUACUAGUUGCAUCAGUGAAGCAGAAAAAUACGAAAAGGGGUUAUAUAAGGGCAAAAAGAAACAACAGGUCCAAAACAAGCCUCAGGAAGUAGUCAAAGUAGAAUCCAAACCAGAACCUAAGAAGGAAAAGAAAGAGUCCAAAAAAGAAUCCAAAAAAGAAAAGAAGUCUACUACUGAUUUAUCCUCAUACUUGAGUUCAAACAAGCAGGAAAGUUUAUACAAGAUCGUCAAGAAGAUUUCGUCUGAAAAGAAGAAGGAUAAGAAGGAUAUCUUGAAAAAUUUACAAUUGACCAAGCUCGACGAUGGUUCAAUUAAUAUUAGUUUCUAA